UGUGAUAUCUUCUUUUAUUCAUACUUUGAGCAGUCUUAAAUUUCUUUUAUCCCCCUUUUAUCCUCUUUUAAUGAUAGCCAUUGCCCUCUUUCGUCAGUCUUGGUUUCACCCUCUUAACUGUAAUGGCGGGCUCUGGGAAUAGUGUCAUUGUUUACAGCAUAUUAGCUGUGGUCUUUCUUUGCUUUGCUAUUGCUUGCUUGAUUGAUAUAAUUGUCCUGCCUAUUGUGUAUUCUCAAUCGACCAAAUACAAUGAACAGUAUGCAGUUGUUAUGGAUGCUGGAUCUUCUCAUUCUGACAUAUAUCUCUACCAGUGGGACCUCCCUUUAUACCAAGAUACUGGAGUAGUAUCACAGAACAGUGUAUGCAAGUCAGCAGGUAAUCCCAUCAAUACCUACACUGUUCCAUCAGAAGCAGCUGAGUCAUUUCAAAGUUGUGUUGAUGAAGUUUUAAACAAUGUCCCAGGGUUUUUAAACAAUCCUCCCGACAAUAAAGUAAAUAUGUGGCUAGGAGCAAGUGCUAAUAUGAGAAUAUUAAGGCAUGAAAACAGGUCACUUGCUGAUAGUAUAAUAAAUGAGAUCAAUACUAGAUACCAGGCAGAGACACAAAUAAACGCAAAGAUAUUGACUGGGCAGGAGGAGGCAGUUGGUAGAUGGAUAACAACAAACUAUAUUGUAGGAACCUUAGCAAGAUCUUAUCCUUCAGGACCAGCUACAUCAGGUAAUACAGUUGGAGCCCUUGAUAUGGGUGGAGGAGAUGGUGACUCCCUUGAAGUUGCAUUCAUCCCUUCAACCUCUAGCCCAUCAGAUCACAUGCAAACUGUGUCUCUCUUUGGUAAUUCGUAUGAUGUGUACGGCAGGAGUUAUCUAUGCUAUGGUACCUUUGAGGGAUUUAGAAGAAUAGUAGCUUAUGCUGUGAUGAAUGCUAGUUACAGUCAAUCAGUAGAUUUCCCUUGUUUUCCCACUGGAUAUACAGCUAAUUGGCCGUCAUCGUUUAUCUUUGGUAAUCAUUAUUGUAGUACUGGAUUGCGUCCUGCUGAUCCUACUAGUACACCUGAGAUAUAUAAUAUUACUGGGACUAGUGACCCCAAAAGAUGCCAGGCAUUGAUUGGAGUGGCAAUGGACUUCAAUGUUAAUAUCAGUAAUGGAGAGACUAUUAAUCAUGUGGUACCUAGACCUACUGGAUCAUUUUAUGGUUUUUCAAAUUUCUAUUAUACCGGGUUAGCGUACAACACUUUUUUUCUAAACUCAACUCUACUGGGAUCUUUCUCAGCAAAUGUUUCGGAAAGGUGCUCACUGACAUGGAGUGAACUGACUCAAAGAUAUGGAAGUGAUCAAUACAGGGUCUACAGGUGUGUUGAUGCAGUCCUUAUUCUACAUUUCCUUGAAGGUGGGCUUGGUUUUGAUGCUGCUAACAAUGACUGGUCUAUCAGAAUUGUGAUGGAACUUAACAGUCUCACUCCUGGAUGGUCGUUGGGCUACAUGCUUCAAAAGACUUCAGAAAUAACUUCUGAACCAUAUACUGAAUACCCGUUCUCAUCUGUUGAUCUGAUUGCAGGACUGAUAACCCUCAUCAUUGCUUGCAUUGUGUUUACUGUUAUGUCUGUUGUUUCGUUCUUUUUUUGCAAGAAGAGUUGUGAAGACUAACUAUAUACUUUUUCCUAUGCUGCUAAUAGUUUUCUGCUGAUUUUUUUUAGUAAUUAAUUUGUGUUUGAGCUGCAUCAAAAAUUUAA